CUAGCAAGAAGAUGAUUUUCCCAAGGCGGUUAAAUUGACUAUGAGAGAACGAAGAUUUAUCAAAUUUGCGUCAGUUGAAUUCAAUGGCCAGCUUUAUAUGACACCUCAAGAUUUUCUCGACAGUAUAAUCGAGCCUGAACCAAGACCUAGAUAUAAACGAAGAAUUCUUGCUAACAAAGAUAUUGAAAUGAUUAAAAAUACAACGCCUUUAUUGCAAAGAGGGAAUUCUCACAUGUUUAGGAAUCUCAAAGACAAAGGAAUAAUUUCUUACACGGAGUACCUGUUUCUACUGUCUAUACUCACAAAACCACAAACUGGAUUCCGAAUCGCCUUCAAUAUGUUUGAUACCGAUGGAAAUGAAAUAGUCGACAAAGACGAGUUCCUUGUGGUAAGGAAAUAAAUUUUUUCACAGAUGAGGAAGCUGUUCGGUUCCGGAAUAAGAAAUCGUCAGCUCCAUGAGGCAACUGAACGAGUCCUGCAAAAACUAGUUACCCCGAGCGAAGAGAUGACACUUGCCACGAAAACAAUACUGCGAGACAACCAUGAUAAUAAUUCAUCAAAGAGUCAAAGUAUCUCAUCAAGUUCAUAUAUGGAGAAAAUUUUUAGUUAUGCGUGGAAAGGAAGACACGGUGGUCAUGAUCAAAAUACUAAUAAGGAUAAAGUUCCCGGCAAUGAUAAUUUUGUUGGUGAGACGCCUAGAGAAGAUGAGGGACUGCAACGAAGGCACGCGGUAGAUACGACAAUUAUGAUUCAUUUCUUUGGAAAAGAUGGGACCAAGGAACUCAAGUAUGAUGGGUUUAGACAAUUUAUGGAGAAUUUACAGCAUGAAGUACUGGAAAUUGAGUUUCAAGAAUUUUCAAAGGGAAGUGAUACUAUUUCGGCAUUGGACUUUGCUAAAAUUUUGCUGCGCUACACGGAUUUGGAUACUGAUGAGUAUGACAAAUAUUUAGGUAGAUUAUUAGAAAACCCAGAACGUCAUGAAGACAUUAACUUUCCGGAGUUUAGACUUUUUUAUCAGUUUUUAAAUUCUUUGGAUGACUUUGCAAUUGCUAUGAGAAUGUAUACGCUUGCUGAUCAUCCGAUUUCUAAGGACGAAUUUCACCGCGCAGUAAGGAUUUGCACUGGAACAAUUAUUCCAAUGCAUAUGAUAGAAACAGUAUUUGCAUUAUUUGACACUGAUGGUGAUGGAGAGCUGUCUUACAAGGAGUUUAUCGCGAUAAUGAAAGAUCGCUUGCACCGCGGCUUUAAAACUCAACCAAGGGGCGAAGGAUGGGAAGCUUUUAAAUACUGUUUAAAGCAAGAAAUGAAAGCACCCUAA